GGGUCGUUGCCUUGUACCGCAUAAUUUUUGCCUUGGCAACCUCACUUUGUCUUGCUCUCAAAAACAAAACCCAAAUCCAAAACCACCAAUCCAGCGAGCAACAAGUUCAUGGCGUGCUUAGUCUCCAUCAGCCUCUCCAUCUCUCUCUCUUCUUCCAAAACCCCAAUCCAGGAAAUACGUUCAAGGAGACAAGCUCUCUGGUGUUCUUUAAGCCAAGUAACCAGAGGAGCAGCAAAGAAGCUCCAUGCUCCCAACUCCUCUGGUAGAGGUCAAUUUUCUGUCGAUAGAAGCUGUCAUCACCAUAUAGCGACACCCUCAAGAUGUUUCUAUGAACCUAUAUCUUGUCAUUUUGGUGCAAGUUCUUGUAUUCAUACGGUGAUAUCGGGUUUUUGGGUGGGACCAGAUCCCGAAGAUGGCUGGGGAUUUGUAGAGGCUUUUGUAAAUUGGAUAUCUUGAUUCUUGGUUUUUUUUUUUUUUUCUCUAGUUGGUACUCACACAUACUUGUCUCCUCUGAGACUUGAACUUCUAACCUCUCUUUGAAAAUAAGAGGCUGAUACUGUUAUGCCA